CUCCGGGGGGCAGGGCGGGGGGAGCCGUGCGUGCCUGGCUGGGUGUGCGAGCCAGUGACUCGCCCCGGCCCCUCCAGCGCAGCCUCCACCCAGCGGGCUGGGAGCCGCCCUGGCCGCGCUCCCCUCCCUGACCCUCCCCUUACCCCGCCGGCCAAGGGAGCCUGGCAGAGCGAGCGGCGCCGGCGUCAUGUGACAGCGGAGACUAGUGCCAGGAGCCUGGGGGAGCCGAGCGAGCGCCCUCCCCUCGCCCAGAGACGCACGGCCACCGCGGAGCGCACAGCCUCAGCCGCAGGGAGCCGGGACGCGGGCCGGGUGCUUUGCUCUGCUUCACAGCCCCCAUCGCAGGGCUUCGGGCGGCGGCGGCGGAGGCCCCCCCCUGCCCUGCUGAGGAAAUACGAAUUGUAAGAAUUAUUUCAAGUGAACACACAAGCUAAUACUUUUGUCCAGGACGACACAGGCAUCAGAAGAUUUCACUGAAAAGAUGCUAAUGUUUGACCCAGUCCCUAUCAAACAAGAAGCCAUGGAACCUAUUUCAGUGUCAUACCAGUCCAAUUACAUGGACCAAAUGAAGCCAAACAAAUACAGUGUCAUUUAUCCUACCCCAAAUAUGUUGCACAAUAAAUUCUAUCAACCCCCAGAAGGACUAUCUAAUGGAAUCCAAAUGGAGCCAGUUGACCUUACAGUGAAUAAACGAAGCUCACCACAUUCAGCUGGAAGUUCUCCUUCUCCUCUGAAAUUUCAGACUAUACAUAGAAGAGCCUCACCUGGAUUAACUUUGUCCUCACCCAGCCCACCUAUGAAAAAAUUCACCCCACCACCUCCCCCAGGAGUUCAACCUUUUUCCAUGCCAUUAACAAUCCCUCCAGUAAUGGCUGCUCUUUCACGCCCUGGACUUAGGAGCCCUGGAAUACUUCCAAUUAUACAGCCACUUGUGGUCCAGCCUGUUCCUUUUAUGUAUGCUCCACAUCUCCAGCAACCUAUAAUGGUGUCUACUGUUCUUCCAGAAGAGUUGGAAAAUCCAAGUAGCAUGCCAGUGCCUGUAAUUGAAUCUUAUGAGAAGCCCACAUUAAAGAAAACAAUCAAAGUAGAACCAGGAAUUGAAUCGCCAAGGACCGAGUUCUAUCCUGAACAAAUGUCUCCUCCAAUGAUGACCUCCUUGUCUCCUCAGCAAAUAAUGUUGCAAGAGAAUCACCCUUCAGUUAUAGUUCAGCCGGGAAAGAGGCCUUUACCUGUGGAAUCUCCAGACACACAAAGGAAACGCAGAAUACACAGGUGUGAUUAUGAAGGUUGCAACAAGGUCUAUACUAAAAGCUCCCACCUAAAAGCUCACAGAAGAACGCAUACAGGUGAAAAGCCAUACAAGUGCACCUGGGAGGGAUGCACGUGGAAGUUUGCUCGUUCUGAUGAACUAACACGACAUUUCCGUAAACAUACCGGAAUCAAACCCUUCCAGUGCCCGGACUGUGACCGUAGUUUCUCACGCUCGGACCAUCUUGCUCUCCACAGGAAACGCCAUAUGCUAGUCUGAAUGUCUCUUGUCCCUCAACUGCCCAUCACACUUCCUUUUUUAUGUGUGCAUUUUAAUUUGGAUUCAGCUGGUCUGAAUCUCUACGCUUACGCAAUUAAAAACUUCCAUAUGGUCAGUAAUAGAUGUUAUCUAACCCUGCUAUUUCCUUGCCACGGGUCAGACCUAAAGAAUGUGAACAUUUUUUUUUCUAGGGAUGCUAAGCAAACCCUUCCUACAGACAGUAUGUGUAAUGUAUUCCUUUGUGAAUAAGGGAAUUUGUAAACUAGCAACUUUGUUAGUUUUGCCAUAUAAUCAGCCAGCAUAAAUUGAUCAACUAGUAAAUGUUAUUGAAUAUCCAGUCCUUGCCAGAGACUUUAUUUAUGAGCCCUGCAAAGGAUACUCUCCUUUUUGCUCAACAGUGCAAUGAAUGGACUUUCCAACAUUGCUGGUUACAGCAGCAUGUUUAAAGCAACACUUUUAGAAAGACACCUUCUCACUGUAGAAAUCCCCUCUGCCAAGACAGUGAAUGACACUGUAAUAACUAGCUAAGUAAAUGAAAGAUUAAGUGAUAGCUGAUUUGGUCUAAAUGAAUAGUAGUAUUUGAAGAAUCAGCAGCAGAAAUUGGUGUAUACACAUGAUUGUGCCUCUAAACCAACUUCACCUAUCUUUUGUAUUAUACUGUAGUACAUGAGCUUGUGUUUAUUGCAUGAUGCCUCGGUAGAUUCCUUAAGUGUGUGAUUCCUGUGUGACACUCUGUUUUGUGUGCAGCCGUAUAGGUGGAACACACGGUACUCCUAUGACAUGACAUGAAAUGAUUUUCACAGAGA